AUGGUUGGUUUUCAUUUGACUGUUGCAGAUAGACAAAAGUUUUUGUUCCACAACCUCAAGUCAGAAGAAGCUGAAAGACGGCUUCCUGAGCAACAGAAGGUGUGCUCUGAUGAUUUAGCAACGCAUUUCGAAGAGACUUUACUGCUUAAGUUGCCUGAGAAUUAUCAGUCGGUUCUCAACCAAUCCCUUAUUAGUGAAGUGGACGAUAUGGUGCCGCUCCCGCUUUUGAACACCUUUGUUGUUUGUCGAAGCAACAACUUUGUCUCCCUCAGUAGUCUCUAUGAACUAGAAGGAGAGAUCCCCGAGACUGUGGAGAUGGAGCGCGGUGAUCUCUACAAGAUUGUAAAAGGAGCAUUCGAAUCUGGUCAAAUUGACUUGAUCUGAACUCAAACAUAGCAUAAGUUUUGGGUGGUGCUACCUUCUGUAGUUCUAUUCAAUGUUCAUGAUUUUGAGUUGUAUAGUCAAAUUUUAUUUUGUAUGAGUUUUCCUUAUGUCCUUUGGGGUAAAAAGCCCUACAAUCCUCAGUUUAAUUUUUCUU